CCUCGCUCUUCCCCCUUGGGGCGCCUUGGGGAGAAGUGGGGGGGUCCCCAGGGCGCCAGGGAGAGGGUGCCCAAGGGGGGGAAGACCCCCAAGGCAGGGAACAUCCUCCCCCUUCCUCUCUGUUCUUCCCACCAGACCCUCCUUUGCAUCUGGCACAGCCUUUUCCCCUACAAACUGCUGCUCCUCCUCUCUGCCUGCCAAGGGGGUCCCACCCUCCCCAGAAGGAAGCCUCUGUCUGUGGGCUCCUGCUCUCCAUAAAAGGAGGAACUGGGUGCGCUCUGUCCCACAAGGGCUCAAAGGAACUAAGAUGGAUUCCUAGAGAGGUGAGGGCAGAAAGUGGGCCAGGUCCCCCGAAGCCAACGACCCUCCGUCCUUGAAAGGGGAGGGGUUGCUUUCUUCUCUCCUUAGCCAGAGCUGCCUAUGUGCCCCUUCUGGGGUCCACAGAGUCUCCUCUCUCUUCCCCCCUUGAGGUGCCUUGCAGAGAAGGGAGGUCCCAGGGCUGUAGGAUGAAGGUGCAUGAGGGGGGCAGAGACCCCCAAAUCAGGAAGCUUUCCCUGCGCCCUCAACAAACUAGAAGUGUGCAUGCACACGAAAGCUCAUACCAAAAUAAAAACUUAGUUGGUCUUUAAGGUGCUACUGAAGGAAUUUUUUUAUUUUGUUUCGACUCCACGGCUACGUACCUGUAACUAUGAUUCCCAUGAUUAGUUUGAAGGAAGCCAGGACUCUUUAAAGUGGCCUCAUCCUGCUUUGCAGAUGCAGCCGGGGGUUUGCCAGCAGCUCUAAUUUGGACUAGCAGAACUUUGCAGAAGAAAAAAGGGACUCCUUCUGAUCUCUCGGAGGCUUCCUGAGAGCACAGAUGGAUGAGCAAGACUCGCCUGGACCUAAAGCAGGAAGAGGCCAGGCCACUGAAGAUGGGAGCAGUGGGGGAUUCUCUGAAAAAACUGUGCAGAAGUUCCUGGGUGAAGAGAACACCCUCUGCUCAGAUAUGCAGAGCCAGCAGCUCAGGCAGUUCUGCCACCAGGAGGCUGAAGGACCCCGUGAGGUUUGCAGCCGACUUUACCACCUUGUCUGUCAGUGGCUGAAGCCAGAAAGGCACACGAAAGCUGAGAUGCUGGACCUGGUGAUCUUAGAGCAGUUCCUGGCUGUCCUUCCACCCGAGAUGGAGAGCUGGGUGAGGGAAUGUGGAGCAGAGACCAGUUCUCAAGCAGUGGCCCUGGCUGAAGGUUUCCUCCUGAAUCAGGCAGUGGAGAAAAAGGAGACAGAGCAGCAGGUUAAGGUUCUGUUAGCAGAAAUGGGUCCUAAUUCCUCUGAGGCAGCGAGGACUCCGAUGGACACUAGGGAGAGACCACUAGGUGACAGGAUGAUGCUGGCAAGACCUCCUCAUCCGUCUUUUCAUGGUGGCGAAGGGGAAGCAGCGGCUAUGGAAGCAGAUCAGGGCCCAGUGUGCUUUGAGGAUGUCACUGUUCAUUUCACGGACAAGGAGUGGGCGUUGCUGGAUCCUGACCAGAGAGCUCUGCAUAAGGAGGUCAUGGAGGAGAAUCGUGGACUCCUGGAUUCUCUGGGUGGUGAUGAAUUGGAAAUUAAUAACAAAGGGGAACUCGAAGGAAUCCACACAGUAGAGAAACCAUAUAAAUACUUGGUGGGUGAAAAGAACUUUAAUGAGAGCUCCAAUUCCACUUUUAAUCAAAGAAAUCCAAUUGGGAAAAAAACCUAUCAGUGCUUAGAAUGUGGAAAGAACUUCAGUCACAGCGUAUCUCUCAAUUCCCAUCAAAGAAUUCAUACAGGAGAGAAACCCUAUCAGUGUUUGGAAUGUGGAAAGACUUUCAGAAAGAGCUCAGAUCUCACUUCCCAUCAAAGAAUUCAUACAGGGGAGAAACCCUAUCAGUGCUUGGAAUGUGGAAAGAGCUUCAGACACAGUAGCCAUCUCAUUUCCCAUCAACGAAUUCAUACAGGGGAUAAACCCUUUCAGUGCUUGGAAUGUGGAAAGAGCUUCAAUCAGAAGAGUAGUCUCACUUCCCAUCAAAGAAUUCAUUCAGGGGUGAAACCCUAUCAGUGCUUGGAAUGUGGAAAGAGCUUCAGUCACAACGUAUCUCUCAUUUCCCAUCAAACAAUUCAUACAGGGGAGAAACCCUAUCAGUGCUUAGAAUGUGGAAGAAGCUUCAGUCACAAUGCCUCUCUCACAUCCCAUCAAAGAAUUCAUACAGGGGAGAAACCUUAUCAGUGCUUGGAAUGUGAAAAGUGCUUCAAUCAGAAGAGUAGUCUUACUUCCCAUCAAAGAAUUCAUACAGGGGAGAAACCCUAUCAGUGCUUGGAAUGUGGAAAGAGCUUCAGUCACAAAACAUCUCUCACUUCUCAUCAAAGAAUUCAUACAGGGGAGAAACCCUAUCAGUGCUUGGAAUGUGGAAAGUACUUCCGUCACAACACAUCUCUCACUUCCCAUCAAAGAACUCACAGUGGAGAUAAACCCUAUCCAUACUACGAAUGUGGAAAGAGCUUCUGCCAGAGCACCCAUCUCACUUCCCAUCAAAGAAUUCAUACAGGAGAGAAAUGCUAUCAGUGUUUGGAAUGUGGAAAGACCUUUAGAAGGAGUGACUCUCUCACUUCCCAUCAAAGGAUUCAUACAGGGGAGAAACCCUAUCAGUGCUUGGAAUGUGGAAAGAGCUUCAGUCAGAGCAGCAAUCUCACUUCCCAUCAAAGAAUUCAUACAGGAGAGAAAUGCUAUCAGUGUUUGGAAUGUGGAAAGAGCUUUAGUCGGAGAGACUCUCUCACUUCCCAUCAAAGAAGUCAUACAGGGGAGAAACCCUAUAAGUGCUUGGAAUGUGGAAAGAGCUUUAGUCGGAGAGACUCUCUCACUUCCCAUCAAAGAAGUCAUACUGGGGAGAAACCCUAUCAGUGCUUAGAAUGUGGAAAGACCUUCAGUCAGAGUAGCAAUCUUACUUCCCAUCAAACAAUACAUACAGGGGAGAAACGCUAUCAAUGCUUGGAAUGUGGAAAGACCUUCAGUCGAAGCGACUCUCUCACUUCCCAUCAAAGAAUUCAUAGUGGGGAGAAACCCUAUCAAUGCUUGGAAUGUGGAAAGAGCUUCAGUCAGAGCACCCAUCUCACUUCCCAUCAAAUAAUUCAUACAGGGGAGAAACCCUAUCAGUGCUUCGAAUGUGGAAAGAGCUUCAGUCAGAGCGCCUCUCUCAUUUCCCAUCAAAGAAGUCAUACAGGGGAGAAACCCUAUCAGUGCUUCGAAUGUGGAAAGCACUUCAGUCAGAGCAACCAUCUCACUUCCCAUCAAAGAAUUCAUACAGGGGAGAAACCCUAUCAGUGCCUGGAAUGUGGAAAGAGCUUCAGUCAGAAGAAUAAUCUCACUUCCCAUCAAAGAAUUCAUAGUGGAGAGAAACACUUUCAGUGCUUGGAAUGUGGAAAGAGCUUCAGUCACAGCUACAAAUUCACUUCCCAUCAAAGAACUCACAGUGGGGAUAAACUCUAGCAAUUGCUGUGUAGUAAUUUUAUUUUAGGAGACUUUAAUUUCUAUCCCAGCAGUGUGUAUCUGAAGAAGUGUGCAUGCACAUGAAAGCUCAUACCAAUGACAAACUUAGUUGGUCUCUAAGGUGCUGCUGGAAGGAAUUUUUUUAUUUUGUUUUGACUACAUCAGACCAACAUGGUUACCUACCUGUAACUAUCCCAAUAGUGUUCUUGUGCUUCUUCAACCCAGCGGAGAAGUCAGCCUUGCCUCUCAAAGCUAUUGAGUGCAAACCCAUUGCCCAAUAUUAUUCAACUACAUAUCCAGAUCUGCAAGGUGGAAGUCAUUGGCCAAGGUGUUGAAUUCAGGCUUUUAUUUGUGGGAAGGUUCUGUCUAGAAAUCUCUUGCUACUCUUCUUCAAUCCUUCAAAGUACUGUACUUAAGCGCAUGCCAGGAGCAAAGAAUUGCAUCCACGAGGGAGAAACGAUUCUCUGUGUAUUAUACAUCAAUGGCUGUUGGAAACAGCAGUAAGCAGUGUUUGUUUGCUUCAGCCAAAUCCAGUUUUUAUCUGCACACAUAUGAUACAUGGUGCGACGAAAGUCCUUUACUUUCCGUCUUAUAACUCUGACCUCUCAAUUAUUAAAAGCACUAACAGGGAUUUCUGAGGUAAAUCAAACCUCCCACUUAUCCCUCUAGCCUUUCUUUAAACCCUCUAGCACUUGUGGGUUUUCAAAAAUAAAAGAGAGUCCUCUUCCAGCCUAAACGUGACCAGGUACCUAUAUAGACUUGGGGCUAUAAAUAAGACUGUUCCUAUGUGCACUCAGAUAAGGGUUUCCCUUCACUAGAAACUCCCUUACUGUAAAGCUAGCCUCCUUCCUGGGGUAACUUUAUUGUCGCUCAGAACCUGUCUCCUCCUUUAGCCCCCCCCCCUUUCUUGGUGCACUCUCAGCCACAAACUAACCUUUCUCCUCUAAAAGGCAGUUUUGACAGUUUAAAAGAGUUCCCCACCACCUGGGUUCCUGGGUACCUUAGCUGGAAAAUGAAAUAGACGAUUACUAAUGUGACACUUUAAAGAUGGAUAUUUAUUGGCUUGAAUCUUAAUGGUUGCUUUCUGGUAGCAUUGGUACGAACUUAAUUUCACAGGUAACGUUUCUUAGUAAUCAAAUAACAGAAUACCUAUCAACUAAACUAUUAUUAUUAUUACUUCAUCUACUCUAAGUCUACCUUCUCCAAAACCACCCAAGCUCCCCACACAGAAAACCCUCAACCGCCAACUAACUGCUGCACAUCAAAUUUUUUAAAACCUCAGCAGUCCCUCCUCCAGCGGAAUGUUGCUGCCAGUCACCAGGGAGACUGGGUUAACCUUUCAAGUGGCCUGCUUGGAGAAACAAAAUACAACAGAACCUUUCUUUAAAAACAAACAAACAUGUCACACAUGGAAAGAGACUUGCGGUAGGUUGAAGAGAUAUUAAGAGCAAUGAGACUCACCCGAGUGGCAACGUCUGAGCUAGUUUGAAUCAUUCAUGUGUAGUCUUAUAAAUCAUUUAAUGUGUUAACACAAACAGAAUUUAUUAAUACUGUAGUUGUACAAGGGAUUAUUAUGAUGACUGUAAUGUAAUUGAAAAUAAUAGGAUUUUGGAAUGCUGAAGUAAAUAAAAUCAUAAAACCAUCAAUUCUAGCACGCGCGGGGCCAUCUAAAUUAUAUAAUUCGUAUUUGAACAAUGGUAUUAGUAAUUGUAUUAUACUGUAAAUUGGUAUUGUUAUAAAUGAGGCUAUUUCUGGAAUGUAAUUGUGAGGGACAGGGGAUAUCGGGAGGUCCCUCCCAUCUUGAGCUCCAGCCCAUCUCCGAGCGCUGGGGAAAGCAGGGAGAGUUCCGACUCAAGUGGAGAAGCAGGUAGUGGUGUCCGAGGCUCAGGCAAGGUAGCAGAGCCACUGGCCAAGGUGGGACAGGAAGGGGGGAGCAAGGGGGGAAGGCCAAUCCCACCGACUCCGGAAUUGCGCAAGAAACGUAGGGGGAAGAGGCUGGGUCUCCCCAAGCUUUUAUGCUGGAGGAGAACGCGCCAAUCUCCAUUCGGAGGUACUGAAGAAGACUGAUAAGAUGUGUCAAUCUCUGUAAAUAGCACUGCCUUUAGCACUGUAAAUACACAGCACCAAUAAAAGAAUAAAAUGCAGAGCUGUGUGGAGUCGUUACUCUGAAGUAGCCCACCCAGGCCACUGUGACAGCUACCUCCGAAUCUUUUUUUGGGCUACUUUGGAGUUGCCGGAAUGAGCGCGCAAGAGGCGGAGAAAUGGCGGCAGCUCGCGGAGCAAGCCCAGCAGGAGCUGCAGCAACUGGCGGUGCAGGCACAGGGAGAAUUAAAAGCGGCCAAAGAGGAAACGCGGAAAAGCCAGGAGGAGAGGCAGAAUCUCCUUGACCAGGUGAGAUCGCUACAGGAAAAAGAGCAGCAGUUAAGAACGCUAGCAGUGGAGCUCCAAAACAAGUUGGAUGCAGAGAAAAACAAGGGCGGGGGGGGGGCAACUCCAAGUGCUGCCGGGAAGGAGAGCGGGGACCCUAGUAAGCAAGUUCAACGGGGACCCAAGGGAAUAUCAGGGCUUUGAGACAGAUAUUGUAUGCCCUUGAGCUGCACAAUGAUGAGUUCCCUGAUGAUGCGCACAGAGUAGCGUUUAUAGUGGAACAUCUGACCGGACCAGCAAGGGAGUGGCUCAGACCGUUAAUCGCGGCAACAAACCCUUGCAUGAAGAAUGUCAAAUUAUUUCUAGAAGCUUUAAAAGUAAUGUAUGCAAGUGACAGUCAUAUGGACCAUACCAAAGAGGAACUUCAUAAUUUACGCCAGGGGAAAAUGACAGUUCGCGAAUAUUGGGCUAAAUUCACCAUGCUGGUGCACAGGCUGGGGUGGGAACUUCACUCGCCUCCGAUGGAAGCUGCGUUCUAUUUGGGAUUGCAUCCUGAUGUGAAGGAUGAGCUCUCGAGAGGUCCGAAGCCCAAUAAUAUGGAUGAGUUGAGUAAAGCGGCUCUGGCGGUGGGGGUGAGGCAGGAAUCUCGGUGGAACGACAAGCAGACAACGCGCGCAACACAGCCUUGGUUCCCACGGUCGCAGGAGAAGCCACUCCCCCUACAGCCAUCCCAGGCCACGCCUGGGGCCGGGGCAGACCAGGAACCCAUGCAAAUUGAUAGCGCGCGCGCGGGGGCUUUUCAAACCCCAGCGGCGCCAAGACGCAAGGAGGGAAGGGGCGGGAACUGCUUCCUCUGCAACUCCCCUCAGCAUCUCGUCAGAAACUGCCCCCACCGCAGGGAAUGGCAAGGGAGGGCAGGAACGGUUGUGCCCUCCCCCACUGACGCAGCACCACAGCAGGGAAACAAGACAGCCUGGCUGCAGGAGACAAGGGGCAGCAGCCAGGCGCAAU